AUGCAAAAGCUAGUGCUCUAUGCUUCUCUUUACCUGUUCAUGCUGAUUUCAGUUGAUCCCGUGGCUCUUGAUGACAGUGGCCAGCCCACAGAGAACGCUGAAAAGGACGGACUGUGCAAUGCUUGUACGUGGAGACAGAAUACAAAAUCUUCCAGAAUAGAAGCCAUAAAAAUUCAAAUCCUCAGCAAACUGCGUCUGGAACAAGCUCCUAACAUUAGCAGGGAUGUUAUUAAACAACUUUUACCCAAGGCUCCUCCACUGCAGGAACUGAUAGACCAGUAUGAUGUGCAGAGAGAUGACAGUAGCGAUGGCUCUUUGGAAGAUGAUGACUAUCAUGCCACCACCGAGACGAUUAUCACAAUGCCUACAGAGUCUGAUUUUCUUGUACAAAUGGAGGGAAAACCAAAAUGUUGCUUCUUUAAGUUUAGCUCUAAAAUACAAUAUAACAAAGUAGUAAAGGCACAAUUGUGGAUAUACUUGAGGCAAGUCCAAAAACCUACAACGGUGUUUGUGCAGAUCCUGAGACUUAUUAAACCCAUGAAAGAUGGUACAAGAUACACUGGAAUUCGAUCUUUGAAACUUGACAUGAACCCAGGCACCGGUAUAUGGCAGAGUAUUGAUGUGAAGACAGUGUUGCAAAAUUGGCUCAAACAGCCUGAAUCCAAUUUAGGCAUCGAAAUAAAAGCUUUUGAUGAGAACGGACGGAAUCUUGCUGUUACUUUCCCAGGACCGGGGGAAGAUGGAUUGAACCCAUUUUUAGAGGUCAGAGUUACAGACACACCGAAACGGUCCCGCAGAGAUUUCGGUCUCGACUGUGACGAGCACUCGACCGAGUCCCGAUGCUGCCGCUACCCGCUGACGGUGGAUUUCGAAGCUUUCGGGUGGGAUUGGAUUAUCGCUCCUAAAAGAUACAAAGCGAAUUAUUGCUCCGGAGAAUGUGAAUUUGUCUUUUUACAAAAGUACCCGCACACUCACCUCGUGCACCAAGCCAACCCCAGGGGCUCGGCGGGCCCUUGCUGCACGCCCACCAAGAUGUCCCCCAUCAACAUGCUGUACUUCAACGGCAAAGAACAAAUCAUCUACGGCAAGAUACCAGCCAUGGUUGUAGAUCGCUGCGGGUGCUCAUGAGGUUCCUCGUCGGAUCCACCACUUCACAAAUCAUGGAAGCUACUAAAAAAGAAAAGGAAAAAAAAAAAAAAAAAAAGAGAGAGGAAAAAAUAGAAAAAGUUAUACCCCCUCACCAGUCUUUCAAACUGUGAAGUUGCGUACGCAAGGCAUUGCCGACCUCCUGCGUGCUGCCAGCACCAGCUACAGAACGUGAACUAAAGGACAAUGUAAUUACCUGAUGGCUGCUUGUGAGCCAGCAAAAGAGAAAAGCUACAAUCAAAAUCACCGGAUUUAAUCCUCAAAGUUCUUACAUUAUGAGGGAAUCAAUAUUCAGUCAUUUGGAUGCAAAUUUAUAUGCAGGUUUCAGUACAUGUUGGUAAUCAAAAGCAAGCUCCUUCUCACAUGAGGACAGAAGGAGCAGGCUUUUAGGUUCCUUUAUUCACAGCUCCUCUCAAUACCAUAUUUACAGGAACAUAUAUACUGGUAACAUAUAUGCCAC